GUCUCGAUUCGUGGAAGUACUUGGCCAGUGCGAUCCAUCAUCGUCUGAACUGGCAUUCGGUACCAAGCAAUUUUGGACGGAUGGCUCGAAUUGGCAGCAGUGUAUCUCAGCCAGGCUGAUGAUGGGUCACACUGCUACCGUGGCGGCUGUUGAUCAUGGAGGUGUGGGCGAUAUCCUUGCUAUUACAAGUACUAAACAUCUACAGGACCUCGCACAGCGCUCGACCAACGAAUCAGACAGGCCGCUAUAGCUGGGUGAGAAUUGAGGCACCGCGUCUAUCUGAAAGAAGACCAUUCGGAGGAGUCUGCCAUAAGACCUAUCUGCUUCUCCAUGGCUCGUCCUAUGAGAAGUGGUGUCGUCUCGACUCUUCCCAUGGUACACCUUUUGCUUAUCUCUGCUUCUGUCAGCUACGGCGGGGCUCGUGCUCCUCCGAGACUCAGUGUAUCAUCCCGGCGUAGGUACUACAGGACACUGGGAUAUACAUCGACCGCGACACCUCUGGACUGAAGUCGCGGAAGUCGGACGGAAGUCUGAAUGUGUCCGAU